AUGCCACGCUUCUGCCCGCCUCCGCCGCCGCCGCCCGCCUCGCCCGCUCUGCCGGCUGCAGACUGGACUUUUGUGGCCGACGCUAGCGGCGGGUGGGCGACGCACUUUCGGUUCCAGCCCUCCUGGGGCGCCAACGCGUCGCUCUCGCGUGGCCACCUCGUGAACCGGCUCUCCGGAGGGUGCGUCAACCUGCGUUCGGCUGGCAGCGUGCGCGGUCACUCCAACGGCUCGCCGCAGAACGUCGGCGCACCGCCGAGCGACUCGACCGAGCUUGUGCCCUCGCCGGAGCUGGCGGCCUUCCACACGCUGCGGAGCCGCGCUGCCGCUUCCUCGGAUGCCUCCUCGGGCGCGGGCGGCUGCGUCCCGCCGCCUGCGGCGAGCUUCCAGUUCGUGGCCCAGGGAACGUCCAAGGAGCCGCUGACCCUGCAGGCCGGCGCCGACGGCCUCCUCGCAGCCGCGCGAGGGUGCCCUCGCGACAGCUGCCGCUUCCAGCUCCUGCCGGCGGGCGAGGGCGGCGCCGGCUGGUUCCAGCUCCGCUCGCUCAGCACUGGCCGGCUCGUGCGGCUGGCGCACGCGGCGAUGCCGACGGAGGCGUCGUGGGGCGGCGCCCGGCCGCCCUUCGCGCGGCCAAAGCAGCGCCCGCCGCGAGCGCGAGCACGGCGAGGCGAGGCGGCCUGCCCGAUUGGGGCCGGGGCGGCGGACAGUCCGGCGGGGUGGAGGUACAACGCGACGCUGUGGGGGCCGGUGGUUGCCGCUGCGCUCGCCCCGUGGGCGGAGGGCGAACUCACGGCCUCCGUUCUCGACCUCGCCUUCUCGCCGCACAUGUACCCCGCCGGCCGCCGGCACGCGCUGCCUGGGUUGCACGUGAGCGUCAGAGAGGGCAGGCUCUACUACCGCGCCAACUCGGACUACCGGCUCACGCUCGUGCUCGACAUGCUGCGCACAGUGGCGAGGCUCGUCCGGCUCCCCGACGUCGAGUUCGUGGCGCACCUCUGGGACCACCCGAAGGCGACCUCGGGUCGGGGCUAG